CCACCCCCACCUCUUCUGCUCUCUUUCAUGUAGACUUCAGCAACAUUUUCUCUCUCUUUUCCUUUCUCCACAUCUUCCGUGCGUAUACACAAGCAAAUAUGAAGAAUACAAAGAGGAGCCUUCUUGUGGCAUCCCUUAACAAAUGGAGAAAGAUGGGAAGUAGAGCCAUGCUUUGCUGUGAGUAUCAAUGGGGUUUGUGGCCUUCCAUGCAUGAAGGGAAAUCGAUUCCAAGGGAUGUCCCAAAGGGUCAUUUAGUGGUCUAUGUAGGUGAGAACAACAAACGGUUUGUAAUCAAGAUUACCUUACUCAAGAAUCCACUGUUCAAGGCAUUGCUGGAUCAAGCUCAGGAUGAAAAUGAUUUCACUGGUGACUCCAAACUCUGUAUUCCUUGCGAUGAGAGCAUUUUCCUUGAUGUUGUGCGCUGCGCUGGCUCUCCACAGGAUCGAAAGUCCUGUUUUUCUCUUUAA